GCAGUGUGCCAUUGGGACCCGUGGAGUCGCCACAAUAACUUGGAGAAGGGCCAGUGCUAACUCCACAUUCUCACAAUCACAGCGGCUUCGGUGCUCAUGGUCAUACAUUGAGCAGAGAAACUGAGCCACAGGCUGCACCUUUCCUUCAGUCCCGGGAUGACCCCGCUUCUCCUGCUCUGGUGCCUGCUCCAGGUACUGGCCGUGCCCAGCGCUACCGCCUUCCACCAUCCGUUCACAGCGGCUGUGCUGCAGCCCCGAUCCCCGGAGCAGGCGGCGGGACAGUCAGCCAGCAGCCGCCGGAAUUGGUGCCCAUACACUGUAUCCAAGAUUGUGUCGUGCCAAGUGCAGAAUGGAUCGCAGACUCUGGUGCAGCGUGUUUACCAGAGCUGUCAUUGGCCUGCACACUGCUCCAGUUUGGUGAGUUACAGAACUAUCAUCAGACCCACCUACAAGCUGGCUUACAAGAAUGUUACUGCUUUGGAAUGGAGAUGUUGCCCUGGAUUCAUGGGAAGCAGCUGUCAGGAAGGAUUUGCAGUAAUGUGGAACCCAUCCUGAGAACCUGUAAACAGUAGCAGAGACAGAGUCAAACGACACCAUCUUCACUCAACAGGACUCCUUCUCAUUAGACCAAAAGGUGGCUGCUCUUAUACACGCAAGACCAUGUAAAUGCCGAAAGAAUCCACACGCUUAGAAGAUGCAGUUGUUACUGUUGUUCAGUGAUUAACUUUGUUAAUGUUUUUGAAUUAAUGUUAAAGUUUCAGCUGUUGAUUUUGGUUUCUAGUUGAUGCACCAAUGUUCUCCUUUCUGAUCUGAAAGGUUAACUUGUGCUGGGGUCAAUUCCUUUGGUCUGGUGCUUCACUUUCCUGAGCUUGCUUCAUGUCCUAAGACUUGACAGUUUGGUAUAGUUGCACUGCCCUUGGUGAGCAGUGUUUUUAGUUUGCUCUUCGAUUAUGUAGUCCGAUGGGUGAUCUGCUCAUGGGUUUCAGAGAAAAGGCUCAGUUUUUCAGGUUCAAGCAGUGGGUUGUGGAGGGGUUUGUAGUUCCCAACUGCCUGCCUCUCUUCUACAGCCCGUCUGUGCCUGGGUGCCCUUUGAAAAGGAGUGGCAGCCUCGAAGCAUUUAGGGAUAGAUGGACACCGCAGGAGCUGGAGUGUAUUAUCACCACACUGACACCAUUUUCAAUUAGUCCCCUCCCUUGAUUUUUCCUCUGUAUUUGAUUUCAUGUCUCACUGCCCCCCUGGUGGACAGCAUUGUUAACUUGUUAACUGGACUAUUUGUAAAUUUGGAUUUGUAAAAUCCUGGUUCUUCCCCAGUGAGGACUGGCUUCUGCAAUGGGAAAGAUUCCAGAAGGCAAAGGUGGAAACUGGUGUUUGUCCUAAACUAUAGAUUUACAAUGAGCCUCUUGUAAGUCGCUGUAAGUCUUUUUGCUGCCUAAUGCAAAGUAUUUCUGUUAAACACUGGCCACCUAAUAUGAAAAUAAAUACAAUGUUUUGAGAAGCAAUUCAGGGAAGAUUCGCUCUAAUCCAUUCUGGGAUGAAGGAUUUACCAUGAGGGGAAAAGAAAUACUGAAAAUGUCAGGCUUUAUCCACUGCAGCUUAGCAUAAUGAAAGGUGACCUUAUUAAAACAUUGAGGGGACUGGAUAGGGUAGAUAUUAGGAGGAUAUUUUUCCCUGUGGGGAG